UACUGCGCGCGUGGAGCACAACACAUAGAGACGCUUCACUCCUCUCAUCCAAGUUUACAUGAUUUUUGCCCCUUUUUUUCUACAACAACUGGAAACAAAUCCACAAAUCCUUUUAUAAAGUGCAUAAUGUCAGUGAUGGGUAAACUCAUCCUGUGCUGUUUUCACUGUUGAGGAUUUUUUGGUGCGCCGUUGAGAUGGAGCACAGGCUCUUGAGCACCCGGUGGACACCGUUAACUGGGCUGGUAGUGUGCCUGCUGGUGUGCGCGUGUGUGGUGGACCUGGUUCUCGCACAGAUUCGGUACUCUAUCCCCGAGGAGUUGGAGCACGGGGCUUUUAUCGGUAACAUCGCCGAGGACCUGGGCUUGGAUGUAGCCAAGCUGUCCUCUCGGCGGUUCCGGAUAGUAUCCGGGGCCAAAAAACAAUACUUAGAGGUGAAUCUGGAAAACGGUAUUUUAUUCGUUAAUGAGAAGAUUGACCGCGAGGAACUGUGUGAACGGAGUCCGACCUGCUUCUUACACUUGCAAGUGGUGAUCGAGAAUCCAUUAGAACUGUUCCGAGUGGAGGUGGAGAUUUUGGAUGUGAAUGACAAAUCUCCCAGUUUCCCAUGGAGCGAGUUUAAUCUGGAGAUUACAGAGUCAGCGGCGCCCGGGUCUCGGUUCCCGUUGGAGAGUGCGCAGGACCAGGACGUGGGCACCAACUCGCUCCGCUCCUACCAGCUGAGCUCCAACGAGCACUUUGUGCUGAACAUCCAGACGCGUAAUGACAGGAGCAAGUUCGCUGAGCUAGUGCUGGAGACCCCACUGGACCGGGAGCAGCAGAAGACGCACGAGAUGGUGCUCACAGCCGUGGACGGGGGGUCGCCUGAGCGCUCGGGCACAGCUCUCAUCACCAUCACGGUGCUGGAUGCCAACGACAACAUGCCCGUUUUCGACCGGUCUGUUUACCGGGCGAGCCUUGUAGAAAACGCACCGAGAGGGACUUUAGUGCUGAAGCUAAAUGCUACUGAUUUGGACGAGGGUGCGAACGGCGAGGUGUCCUAUGCAUUCAGUGGGCACGCACCACUCAAAGUGCGGGAGCUGUUCAGCGUGGACCAGUACACGGGUGAGAUCCGAGUGAAGGGGAUUGUGGACUAUGAGAAAGCGAGUGUGUAUGAACUGUAUGUGCAGGCUAAAGACAGGGGUCCCUCGGCUGUGGCCGUGCACAGUAAGGUACUGGUGGAUAUCUUAGAUGUGAAUGACAACACGCCAGAAGUCAUCCUCACCUCCGUGUCCACACCUGUCCAGGAGGACGCACCACCUGGAACGGUGAUAGCCGUUAUAAGCGUCAUGGACCGGGACUCGGGAGAGAACGGGAAUGUGGACUGCCAGAUCCCCAGCAACGUCCCCUUUCAGCUCCACUCCUCUUUUAAGAACUACUACACUUUGGUGACUAGCGAGUUUCUCGACAGAGAAGCCUUCUCCGAGUACAACAUCACCCUCACGGCCCGGGACUUGGGCUCCCCGUCGCUUUCCACGAGGAAAACCAUCCUCGUCCAAGUGUCUGACAUUAACGACAACCCCCCGCGCUUCGCUCAGCCAUCAUACACAGUUUAUGUGACUGAGAAUAACGCCCCGGGCGCAUCCAUUUGCUCAGUCACUGCUUUCGACCCCGAUUCUAACCAGAACGCCUAUCUGUCCUACUCGAUUCUGGAGGGUCAGAUCCAGGGUAUGCCCGUGUCCACUUACGUAUCCAUCAACUCGGACAACGGAAACAUCUACGCGCUGCGCUCCUUUGACUACGAGCAGCUAAGGAACUUUCAGAUACGGGUGCAGGCUCAGGACGCCGGUUUCCCCCCACUCAGCAGCAAUGUCACAUUACAUGUGUUCGUUUUGGACCAGAACGACAACGCUCCAGUCAUCGUGUCCCCCUUGCCCAAGAACGGGACUGUGGCGACAGAGGUGGUCCCGAGGUCAGUGGAUGCGGGGUACCUAGUCACCAAGAUCACUGUGCUAGAUGCGGACGCAGGUCAGAACUCCCGCCUCUCCUACCAGGUGCUCCAGGCUACGGACCCGGGUCUGUUUAGUGUCGCCCUCUACACAGGAGAAAUCAGGACGAUUCGCCGGUUCGUGGAUAAGGACGCUACGAGGCAGAGACUCAUCAUCCUGGUCAAGGACAACGGCCAGCCGCCUCUCUCCGCCACCGUCUCCAUCCUCCUCUCUGUGGCCGAGAACGUGCCCGAGUCCCUGUCUGAUUUCGGAGACCUCACUCUGAGCCCGCAGCCCUCAUCCAACCUCGCCUUCUACUUGAUCGUGUCACUGAGCACCAUCUCGCUAAUCUUCCUGGUGGCUAUUAUCGUGCUGGCUGCGGUCAAGUGUUACAAGGACAGAGAGACCCCCAGCGGGUACAACCUCCCCCCCUUUGCCUGCUGCUGCUGCAGGGGCUUCCAGCCAGAGCCACCCCCCGAGGUGUUCAAGAAAUCUAACCUGAACCUGCAAAUCUCCACCGGGGCUAAGGUGCCCACCAACUGCAUGGAGGUAAAUGGCAACGGUACUCUGUCCCAAGCCUACUGCUAUAAAGUGUGUCUGACCCCCGAGUCAGCUAAGAGUGACUUUAUGUUCCUGAAGCCGUGCAGCCCCAGCAGCAUCCCGAGGAACAACGAGGCGAAGGAUGCUGACAACUUUGCUUGGAGCGCGCACAACCGAAGCGCAUCGGUGAAUAACAAUUCCGGAGCCACCACUCCGAAUGAGCUCAAGCAACCAAACACAGACUGGACCCUCACAAAGAACCAGAACUCCUCUCUGAAAAGCUAUAACUCUAUCAACAUGGACGGCACUCUGAUGAGGAAGGCCAUGCAUGCAGACCCAGAGAACUACAUGACACCCAUGACUGGCCAGUACUGGACCUGGGGCACCCGCAUGAGGGACUAUAAGAUGUCUCCUCCUGCCACUGGGCCUCCUCUUCGCUCCUGGACCCCCCGGUGCACCCCAUCACCCCAGCAACAGCCCCAACCCCAACCCCAGCAGCCUCAGCAACCUCCACUCCCCCCCCACCCCCAUCCUCACCCCCAUCCUCACCCUCACCCCCACCCACCUCCAGACUACCAACAUAACGUGUACAUCCCGGGCACGCCGUCGGCCCUGUGCACCCUGAGGCCAGCAGCCACCCACCACCGCAGCGAGCUGGAUGUCCACAACUCCUUCUCCACCUUCGGCAAGAAAAUACGCUUCAUCCACAACUACGAGCCCCAGACAGACGCAGCAGCAGCUGUCAUCAACAACGACCUGUAUAAUGAUUAAUAAUGGAACUCUGAGAGAGGGAAUGAGUGAGUGAGUAGCCUCUAUGGUAUGAAUGAAUGAAUGAAUGAAUGAAUGAAUGAAUGAAUGAAUGAAUGAAUGAGCCCUAUGUUCUGUAAACAUAGAAAACAUACUAAGGACAGAGAGUUAAACGAAAAGGGAUUAAUUAAUGACUGAAUUAAUUAAAUAAGUGUACAAACUGAGGAAUUAAUAAAUUAACUUUAAACAUCUAUACUAACCGAAAGAGGGAUAUGGACUAAUAUUGAGAAGAUGAAUGGAUGAAUCCAAGAAGAGUGAUCUUUAAACCGUUUUUAGAUCUGCCACUGUUGGCUAUUGUUAUUUUGGAUACAUUACUGUCACAUGUUUUCCACAGUCUGUUUUUCAAUUGAUGACAUUUACUAUUAUUAUUAUUAUUGUUUUGACAAUCAGCCUGGAGCACAUUUUUGAUGAGAAACAUCCAAAUAGCCUAAGAUUGGACAGCGCUUUGCACAUUGUUAUAAAUAUGAAUUAUAUUUUUGAAUGUUUACGAAAAUGAAAACGGACACAAAUAACCAAGUUGCAUUUAUUCACCUAAAACGGUUUAAAAUGUAUGGUUCUGUCAAGCAGAACAUGUAUGAAUAUACCUGUAGAUAUGCAAACUGCAUUUGUGAUGCAGGUGAUCGACAAAGGCUUAAACAGUCGUCUCCCCAACACAUAUAUUGUAUAUACAUUUCUGAGAAUAAAGUAUUUUUUCUCAUAA